UUGUGACAUAAAUUCCCAAGAAAGACAGAAAAGAGAGUAGAGUGGCGUGGAGACAGACACUCAGUCGCUCCAACAGCCUUGCAUCUCCGUCUGACUAUUGGCCAGGAGGAUUAAAGGGGUGAGCACAGCUGGAGAGGUAAGGGUCACUGAUGCUCAUCUUGGAAGAAAAGAGAACUGUUGACACAUGCAGAGGGAAAAGAUGAAGAGGGUAGUGACAUGGAGAAUCUGUUCAAGAUGGAGCAACUAAAAGCAACUUCUUAAGGAGCUUUUUGAUUAAGGGCUCUUGAACGAGAGAGAUAACCAAGGAUUUUAGGUUCAGAGGACUGCGAGAAGUGAAAGUGUUGCUUUACUGUUGUAGCUGCUUCAUGUUUGACCUGAAGUCCUACAGGGGUACUUUGGUAGGUAUUCAUCACUGAUUAUUUUGAUAUAACUAGAGCUGGAAUUAAUUUCCAAUCAACAGAAAUUUAAUCAGCAACUCUUCUGAUAAUGAAUUCUUUCAGUCACUUUGUCUUACUAGAGAUCCAGCUUCUUAGAUGUGAGGAUUUGAUGCUUUGUCAUUUCUGAUGAACUGAAUAGCUUCAGGUUUUGGAUAGAUAAAAGGAGUAAUAUGAAGAUUUCUCCUCAAGAUCUGGAGUUAUAUAAGGGGCAUUUUUUACUAUUUUCUGACAUGUAUGGACAAAAUUAUUGCCACUCACAGCCAUAAAAAUUAACCUAAUUAUAUUUUACUUUUUUCUAUUCAAGCCUAGAUGUAGCUUUCUGAUCUAAUGAUAAUAAUUUGAAAUAUUUUACUAGUGAAUGCAGGUUAAAUAAUGUAAAUGGUGUGGAUGCAAUUUUCUAUCUGACAAACCUGUCAAAGCAUCUGAAAAACAAUAAUGUGUUCAUGAAUUUCACAUUUUUCUUGUCUGAUUAAAAUAAGGAAUAUAGGUCUCAAGGUCUUUAUGCUUUAUGUUGCUUCUAACAAAGUCUUGAGUGGACUAGCCUGCGUCCAACAUGUUGAUACCGUACUCAACUUUUACUGGACACGCUGUGUGUUCAGUACGGGAUCUUUCUAACUGCAAACCCAAGACUUAAGAGUAAUGUGAGAGCAGGAGAAAUCAACAAUGUGAAUUUUUUUUUUUUUUUUUUUUUUUUUUUUUUUUUUUUUGCAUAAGUGAAAACGGUGAUGAUAAUGUGCAGUGAGAUGAGAGACAAUGCUUUUACUUUACCCAUGACCAGAGAGAAGAAGCAACUCAGUAAAAAUGUGCAAGAUUUAUACAAAUUAUAGGUUUUUACUGUCACAAAUAUUCAGAUAACAGAAACUACCAUGAGUGAAUUCUUGUGGAAAUUAGUGAUUGGGCCAAAUUCAGCUGGUUUAAUCUGUGUUCUGUUGUGUUUCAGGGGCUGCAGGCUGACAGAGAGACACUGUAUGAUAGAGAGAGAGAGAGAGAGAGAGAGAGAGAGAGAGAGUGGGAGACAGCAGACAUGGUCAGAGUGCACUUCACACUGAAAUACACCUAACACAAACAGAUUAAAGCAGAUUAUCAGGGAUUACUUGCAAAAAUUUCAUUUGGAUCCGGGGCUUAUCCAUAAUUUCAUCAAAAAAGUAAUCUCUUGUUUUUGCACCCCCUCCGUCUUCUUUUCUGCUCAGGGUCCAGCAGUGGGAUCGAUAAUGAGCGGCAGGGUCAGGCCUGAGUGUGUUAAUCAGGAAGCAGGAGGACAUUAGCGUAGGUCACAGGACAGCACACAUUACUUAUUCUUCUAUAGCCCCUCCUUGUAAACAGCUGGAGGACUUAUGUGACUUUGGCAGAGUGAUGACUUAUAUCGACUCAAGGAACAUUCGACAGAAUUAAAUGGCACCAUAUGGACACCUUGGUUUUAGUCUUUGUGUGCACCAUUAAAGCAUUUAAUUUCACUUUCUUGACAGGUGAUGAAUUAUGUUCAAGGAUGUUCUCUAUUUCUUCCGUAGUUACACAACUUUUAAUGCUAAACUGUAGUGUUUUUAAAUAAACUUCUGCUUUUUUUUUGGGUUCAGUCCCAAUGAUCUGAUAUGUGCACACAAACGAGUCAAGUCAAGUGUUGAGGUCAGGGGAUGUAUGGCCACAUCAUUCACCCCAGGGAUCAAUAGCAGGAUAUCACAUUAAAGCUGUCUGCGUAACAUACUGUCAUGCUUCCCUACUCUUCUCUCUGAUUGUGAACCAUCACUACCUAAAUCCUCUCUUGUUCAUUUUUUCCUUCCAUCUGUCCUUUCCCACGUGUAUCAACCUUAGAGCAUCUUAUCCUGCCCCCUCUCCUCUCGCUCCCCUCAUCAUCCUCUCUUUUAAUCACACUGACCUUACUGUAUCUCUCCGUCAGCUUUGUUUUUGUCAUCUUUACUCUGUUCUGUUACAUCACAUUUAUCUUUGCUUUCCAUUUAAACCUGGCAGCUCAUCACCUCUUAAAACCACCCCAAAGCAUCUGUCCUUCCCUCCUGGCUCCAUCUGCAUCUCUGUUCGUACCCUCUGUCCUGUUUGUUUUACUUCCACGUGCAGUCUCCCGCUUCUGCUCCCUCUUUGCCUCUCUCUCUCUCUCUCCUCUGCCUCCCCCUUUCUCCUGUGUGGCCAUGCUGGAGCGUAUGUCCCGUCGCUCUCGCUCUCUGCUCUCCCUGACCUUGACCACUCUGGCCCUGGCCCUCUCCAUCCUGGCUCUCUGCACCUCCUACUGGUGCGAGGGCACCCACAAGGUGGUGAAGCCCCUCUGCCUGUCACCUGUCAAAAUGAAGAACUGUGGUCAGAACAACAGCGAGCCUUACACCACAGAGAGUCCCACUCAGAACCCUUUCAACCGCACACUGUCCCCGGCCAGGAGAGAGGAACUGGCCAAGAUCAGACAGAGGCAGCUGGCCAACGCAGUGCACUACAUCUGGGAGACAGGGGAAGACAAGUUUGCUUUCAGAUACUUCCACACAGGCUUCUGGGAAAGCUGUGAGAAACACAGCGAUGGUGAAAAAUGCCGCAGCUUUAUAGACUUAACUCCAGGAGAAACACAAGGCGUGCUCUGGCUGUCAGUGAUUUCAGAGUUCACAUACAUUGGCCUGCUGGGGAUGGGCUUCUUACUGAUGUGGCUGGAAGUAUUGUGCUCUCAUAAAGAGAUGCACUCGCUAAAAAUCAAUGCCUAUGCAGCUAUCUGUACUGUGCUAUCAGGUCUUCUUGGGAUGGUAGCCCAUAUGAUGUACACUACAGUUUUUCAGAUGACUGUCAUCGUGGGCCCCAAAGACUGGAGGCCUCAGUCCUGGGACUACGGCUGGUCGUUUGCUCUGGCCUGGGUGUCCUUCAGUUGCUGUAUGGGGGCAGCUGUGGUCACACUCAACUCCUACACAAAGACCAUCAUUGAGCUCCGUCGCAGACAGAGGCUCCGACUGGAGGAAGCCAGAGCCGCCACUCACGCCCCAUCCUACGAUGAGGUCGUCCCAGGAGGCGGGCUGUACUCGGUCAGCGGCCUGUUGCAGUGUCCCGACGGCAUGAUUGACGUGGCUUGGGCACCGAAUGGCGGCGUGGUUGGAAUGGGAAAUGGGGAUGUACCGACACUGGUUUUGGUAGGAGGCUGCGGGCCGGAGGGAUGUGAAGACUGUGAGAGAGAGAUGGAUGAGAUGGAGGGGACCAUGGACCGAGUCGAUUCACCUUGUUGAAAUGGAGAGACACUUUCACCGCGCCGGAGAGGGAUCGUUGCUAUUGAGCUAACAGAUCUUGUUUUUCUUUUCUUCCACUUUGACUUUUAAUGAACUUGGGAUAUACCAACCAGGUUGAAAGGCCAAUGCAAUCAAGACAUACCAAAAUGUAAAGACAACAUUGUAUGUAUAGGUCACUCUAACAUGCAGAAGUGCAUGUUUUCUGGGUAUCUCUCAGUGCCUCAGGGUAGGGAAGCAUAUUUGUCUCAACAUGUGCGUGCAUAUAAAUGUUUAUAAUAUUUUAUUGUUUGUUUAUUAACUUGCGAUAUAUCAGAAUGACAGUCAUCUCAAUCAUCAUUUCAUUGCAUAAACAGAGUGGAUGUUUCUUUUCCCGCUGGUACCCAACAGAACAACCUGUCCUUUAAGAGUAAAUAUACAGUAUAUUCUCAUUUAUCAGAGUUGGACACUGAGCAUGUUUCAUCACUCAAAGUCUUGUCAAACUUUUGACAGAUACAGCAUUUCAAUUCAGUGCAUGAACACUACUAGCUACAACGCGCUCGGCCUCUCUGCAGAUGCACAGACAAACCCAUAAGACAGACACAUAGAGAUAGAAAGAUUACAGAGAUUUUGAAAAGUCUGCUCUCUGAUGUUGAACAGAAGAUUAUGUGUAAACCAGUAAUCCCGAGUUGGAUGGAAAAGAAGGAGGAACAGAGUAAGGAGAGAUGGAAGGCAUGUGAAGGGAUGGAGAUGGAGAGGGGUGGAGGGGGGAGGAGGGGGGAGGAGGGGGAGGGGGAGCAGGUUGCGGGGGUCAGAAUGAAAGUUGGAAAGAAACGCAGGCACGCACAUCGCACAUCUGCACCAUGAAGACACCACUCUUUCAGGGAAAUAAUGGUUUACACAUGAAUAUUACCCACUAUGUUGCUCUUAAAAUCAUAUAGGACAUGAUUUCUAAAGUUAAAUAAAUUUACCUUAAGUUUAUGUAGGGUAUAUGUUUGGGAUAAUCCUGGAUUUACUGUCUGGGAUAAAUACAACUGAAAACUUAAGACCUAAAGCUCCAUUUUUGUCAAUCACCACCAUUAUAUUACACAGUAUGUUUCCAGGUCAAAGAAGAAUUUAUCAUUUUCUGGGAAAGAAAAUAAAUUGAUUUUCAAAGCAUGUAUGAGAAAACCUUUAAUUUAUGGUACAUUGAACACUUAUGAGCUACAACCUCCAUUAAUACAUUUAACAUUAUGUAAAAAAACAACAACAACAAACACUUUAACGAGCUAACAAUCUGGUAUGAUAUUAUUAUAUAACUGUGAUUAAGAAUCAGUUUCUUUAGAGCCAUAUCUAUAUCAUAUAUCUUCUUUUUGUCUGUACACGUAUUUAAACAAUAUUCCAUAACUUGCCUCUAAUAGCUUCUAUUUGAUAUAAAUUUAUUGACAAACAUUAGUAAAACAAUGUCACGUAAAGGAGUAUUUACACAGGAAUUUAGUGGAUUCAAGAGAAGGGAGGAGAAAAUGCAGGGAAACGAAGGAAGGAAAGCAAAAGUUUUAAAAGUGUGGAAAGACCCUAAUGAGAGAAAGAAGAGUGGGGGGUGAGAGGGACUGACUUUAUUGUUUGAUUGGUUCAUAGUGGAUAAGACGCAUCGCAUUCUCAUUUUCAAUCACUCCUUUGAUGAACUCUCCCUCAGCCAAUCGUUCUAUAAAGGAGAAAAGAAAGAACAAGAACAUGAUAUAGUGGGAAGUAAACAACACAUAAAGCAAGCAGCGUGGGGUAAACAUGAGGUCGAAUAAUGACUCUGUAUCUUCGCAAAGAAAUCUGGUCUUAUCCCCUGUGUGGGUGUGCUUGUGUGCGUGUGUGACAGUAAACAUGCGAUGCAGUGGAGUCGCUUAAGGUUUCAGGGUCCGUGUGGCUGCUACAUAAUAAAGCUUGCAUUACACAAGUGAUGCUGUAACCUCGGGGGAUGUGCCCCCAGGUGGAUUUAUUGCUUGUAUUAUUGUUAAGCCAAACAGCUGAUUGUAAAAUGUAAUCUUUGUCACAGGAUGUGGGAACAGCUGCUGAGGAAAGGUAGUAGGA